CUCGCUGGCUCCGCGGCGGAUGCCCUGCCGUAAAGCGCGGCGCGCGUGUCGCGGCGUUGUCGGCGGUUGACGGCAGACGGUAUUGCGGGCGGCCUGUGAAGGACGGCGGUGGCGGCGGGGCCGGUGCGGCCGUGUGGCGACAGACGCCAUGCCGUUCUGGGACCUGCAGCGGCAGCUGGGCAUCGACGUGGACCGGUGGCUGCUGCGGCAGAGCACGACGCAGCCCUACGGCGCGGCCGCGGCCUGCCACGCCUUCGAGCGCGAGUGGGUGGCCUGCGGGCACGGCCUGGGCCAGACCCGCGCCCGCCGCGAGUGCCAGCCCGAGUACGAGGACUUCCUGGAGUGCAUGCACCGCACCAAGCUGGCUGCCCGUCUCAAAACAAUUCUUGACCAGAGGAACAAGAUGAUAAAGGAGGGGAAGUACACACCGCCCGAUUACCAUAAGGGCACGGAAGAGCCCAGGCCUUGAUUUGCUGGGGACGUGCAGAGUACCUAACCAUCCAUCACUUCCAGAAGUGCGGAAAUUAAACUCCUCCGGGACGGAUAACGCGUGGCACAGCCGGUGCACGCUGGCUCUGUCCCGUGAGCCCUGAUGUUGGGGUGGGCCUGAGGCGCUGUGCCGAGGCCUCACCCCUUCCGGAGGGGCCGUGUCAGUAACUAUCACCUCGACUAGUAAAUGUCUCUGUUGGAAUGCU